CGACAGGAAGGCCAGGUAGAGUAGAAGUGAGGUGUGCAAGAAGACGACAGUGUUUGCGGACCUACCGUUGUCGUACUUCACAUUUCCCGCUUGAUCUUCGCCUGACGAUUUUCCCGCGGUCUUUCUCGCCAGCCAUGGUCGUGAGCAGGUGGGCGUGUCUGGCGCUCCUGACCUUCGGCCUGUGCCUGAGCGCCGCCCUUCCCGCCCGCAUCCUGCUGCCCUUCAACCUCGAGUACGACGCCGAGCCCGCAUGGAGCCUAGACACAUACGGGGAUCCUGCGGGACUCACAGACGCCGCGGGCAAGACCUUAGGCCUCCACCUGCCGCCCCGCCCCGACGCCGCCGCCGCCACCAAGCUCUUGGAUCCUGCGCAGGAUUUGGACUCGAGUAACAGCCUGCAGCAGCCUGCCCGGGCGUUCAGCGCCCACGGCGACGCGGAGGAGAUGCUCGGCGCCGUCGGCUUCCUGCCGGACGUCCGGAAGCUGAGGCCGGCGAAGAGAUAUCUGGGCAUCGAGCUACCCGACUACAUCGCUUCGAAGAAGGAACUGGGCAAGCUCAAGGAGAAGAUGCUGAACUCCGGAAAGUAAAGUGAAAUAAAUCCAUCCUCUCCAUUCCCGGAAACCAUGACGUCAUCGCCAGGGCCCAGCGUUUGUUUAACCUUUGCUCCCAGGACAGUAGGACACUCAUCCUCCCGCGAACCGAGGCAGAAAGCGCGCCAAGGAAAUUCCCUCAAGCGCCAUGAACUGUGUCGGGCAUUUAUCAUUCUCUGUUAUUUCUCCAUAGAAAACAACGCCGUAACGCAAAGACGUCUAGUUAGCCUGUAACCUUUUUCAGUGAUGCCUUUAACACGGAGGCGUUAUCUUCCACGGAAUCAAGAACAAAAAACGAAGGGAAAAAAAGGGAACACUCGUAUAAAAUGCACGGGGAAGAAAAAGGAAACACUCGUAUCAAUGCACGGGGGAGGAAAAAAAAAAUUACGAAAAAAACAAAGCACGCAGGGGAAGCGUGAUCUCGUAUUUCGCAAGAGCAGUGUUAUUGCGCUCAUUUGCCCCGUAAGGUAAUAAGAGGAAGGGAGGCGAGAAAGUCCCAUGUUUAUACAAAGGUUCUGAUCUGGUAGGAGGACAUCUGAUACCGGUGCGCUGUCCAUUCUUCGUGCGAGAUCCUUUUAUGUGGAAUGUUUGGCACUUUGUUUUGUUUCCCGAGGCUGGUUAAGCUCUUCGUAUAUUCUGUAUAUUUUUUUUUGUAUGGACACGACACAGCAGAAGUGACGUUUGCAAAAUACAGAUAUGUCAGUGUUAAUAAAGCUAAUGCAUAAACCUUGUGGAUUUUCUUCGGACGUGUCAUAUUUCCUUAC